GUUGAAGCAACUUCCUUUUCUCUUUCCCUACUUCCUCUCCCUGCCUCCGCCUCUGUGAAGCUCCUUCCCUCUCCGCAGCCGGUCCGAAGUGAGGGAUGAGAGUCCUGCCGAGGUCUACGUGAAUAACCGCCGGGACCCGCGCGCCCCGGGGCGUGAGCUGCGUGGGAGCCCAGGCAAGGUCCGACUCACAUCGCCGCUUGCCGUCCAUGCCUCGUCCUGGAGUUCGAGUCGGGAGCCAGCCGGGUGUAGUUUGGUGAUGGCCGGGUUUCUCGCGAAAGGACCUUAGCAUCCAUUCCGCCCCGGUCGAGCCUCGGAACAGGAGUCAGGUGGGGGAGUUACUAAAAGUACACCUCGUUUGUACAGAUGAAGAAACGGGAAUUGUUGGCAAACGCGGUCUCUCUUAAGGCGACCCGGCUCCCCAAACGAAGCGCCCGGGUGCUCCCCUAGACCUGACGUUUCCAGAGUUCCCCAAGAGUGCGUUUAAUAGUAAAGAGAACGCCUGAGUUUCUUAGGAAAGCGACCGCCAUCAUAUGCCGAGAUGUCGGGCAUCGGAAGCAAAAGAGCUGCAGGAGAGCCAGGCACAUCUGUGCCUCCAGAGAAGAAGACAGCUGUGGAGGACUCCGGGACCACUGUGGAAACAAUUAAGCUCGGGGGUGUCUCCUCAACGGAGGAGUUAGACAUUCGAACACUGCAAUCCAAAAACCGUAAACUAGCAGAAAUGCUAGAUCAGAGACAGGCCAUUGAAGAUGAACUUCGGGAACACAUUGAAAAACUCGAGCGACGCCAGGCAACUGACGAUGCCUCACUGUUGAUUGUGAACCGGUACUGGAGCCAGUUCGAUGAAAACAUUCGUAUCAUCCUUAAACGUUAUGAUCUGGACCAGGGUUUGGGAGACCUACUCACAGAAAGGAAAGCCCUGGUUGUGCCAGAGCCAGAACCCGACUCUGAUAGCAAUCAGGAGCGCAAAGAUGACCGUGAAAGAGGGGAAGGGCAAGAGCCAGCUUUCUCUUUCCUUGCUACCUUGGCCAGCAGUUCCAGUGAAGAGAUGGAAUCGCAGCUUCAGGAGCGGGUGGAGUCCUCUCGCCGUGCUGUGUCCCAGGUUGUGACUGUCUAUGAUAAACUGCAAGAAAAAGUGGACCUCUUAUCCCGGAAGCUGAACAGUGGAGAUAACCUGAUAGUGGAGGAAGCAGUACAGGAGCUGAACUCCUUCCUUGCGCAAGAGAAUGUGAGGCUCCAGGAGCUGACAGACCUCCUUCAGGAGAAGCACCACACCAUGUCUCAGGAGUUCUGUAAGCUGCAAGGUAAAGUAGAGACAGCUGAGUCGCGAGUUUCUGUCUUGGAGUCCAUGAUUGAUGACCUGCAGUGGGAUAUUGACAAAAUUCGAAAAAGAGAACAGCGGCUCAACCGACAUUUGGCUGAAGUCCUAGAACGGGUGAAUUCUAAAGGCUAUAAGGUAUAUGGAGCAGGGAGCAGUCUCUAUGGUGGUACAAUCACCAUCAAUGCCCGGAAGUUUGAGGAAAUGAAUGCAGAGCUGGAGGAGAACAAAGAGUUGGCUCAGAACCGACACUGUGAGCUAGAGAAGCUUCGUCAAGACUUUGAAGAGGUCACCACACAGAAUGAAAAGUUGAAGGUGGAGUUGCGGAGUGCAGUGGAAGAAGUGGUUAAGGAAACCCCAGAAUAUCGCUGCAUGCAGUCCCAGUUCUCUGUUUUGUACAAUGAGAGUCUACAGUUGAAAGCCCACUUGGAUGAGGCUCGGACCCUGCUUCAUGGCACCCGGGGAACUCACCAGCGCCAGGUUGAGCUCAUUGAGCGAGAUGAGGUUAGUCUGCAUAAGAAGCUGAGAACUGAAGUAAUUCAGCUGGAGGAUACCUUGGCCCAGGUCCGCAAGGAGUAUGAAAUGCUGAGGAUAGAAUUUGAGCAAACCCUUGCCGCCAACGAACAAGCAGGUCCCAUAAACCGGGAAAUGCGGCACCUGAUUAGCAGCCUCCAGAAUCACAACCACCAGCUGAAGGGGGAGGUCCUGAGGUACAAGCGGAAGCUGAGAGAGGCACAGUCCGACCUGAACAAGACGCGUCUGCGCAGUGGCAGUGCCCUCCUGCAGUCUCAGUCCAGUACUGAGGACGCCAAGGAUGAACCCACAGAGCUAAAGCAAGAUUCUGAGGACCUCUCCACUCAUCCAGCAUCCAAGGCAUCUCAGGAGGAUGCCAAUGAAGUUAAAUCCAAACGGGAUGAAGAUGAAAGAGAACGAGAAAGGAGGGAGAAAGAAAGAGAGCGAGAGCGAGAACGAGAAAAGGAAAAGGAGAGAGAACGAGAGAAACAGAAACUGAAAGAGUCAGAAAAAGAAAGAGACUCUGCUAAGGAUAAAGAGAAAGGGAAGCAUGAGGAUGGAAGGAAAAAAGAAGCAGAAGUUAUCAAACAGCUGAGGACUGAACUCAAGAAAGCACAAGAGAGCCAGAAGGAGAUGAAGCUGCUGCUAGAUAUGUAUCGCUCUGCCCCCAAGGAGCAGAGAGACAAAGUGCAGCUAAUGGCGGCUGAGAAGAAGUCGAAGGCUGAGUUGGAGGAUCUCAGGCAAAGACUCAAGGAUCUGGAGGAUAAGGAGAAGAAAGAAAACAAGAAAAUGGCUGAUGAUGAUGCCUUGAGGAAGAUCCGGGCAGUGGAGGAGCAGAUCGAAUACCUUCAGAAGAAGCUGGCCAUGGCCAAGCAGGAGGAAGAAGCUCUCCUCUCUGAGAUGGAUGUCACAGGACAGGCCUUUGAGGACAUGCAGGAGCAGAACAUCCGUUUGAUGCAGCAGUUGCGGGAGAAGGAUGAUGCAAACUUCAAGCUAAUGUCAGAGCGAAUCAAAUCCAAUCAGAUCCAUAAGUUACUUAAAGAGGAGAAGGAGGAGUUGGCUGACCAGGUUUUGACGCUGAAGACUCAGGUGGAUGCCCAGUUACAGGUAGUAAGGAAACUGGAAGAGAAGGAGCACCUGCUUCAGAGUAACAUCGGCACAGGGGAGAAGGAGCUGGGCCUUAGGACUCAGGCCUUGGAGAUGAAUAAGCGCAAGGCAAUGGAGGCAGCUCAGCUUGCAGAUGACCUCAAAGCCCAGCUGGAACUGGCUCAGAAGAAGCUCCAUGAUUUUCAGGAUGAAAUCGUGGAGAACAGUGUCACCAAAGAAAAGGACUUGUUCAAUUUCAAACGAGCACAGGAGGACAUAUCUAGGCUUCGAAGGAAGCUGGAGACCACCAAGAAGCCAGACAAUGUGCCCAAGUGUGAUGAGAUUCUGAUGGAGGAGAUAAAGGACUACAAGGCACGGCUGACCUGCCCCUGCUGUAACAUGCGUAAAAAGGAUGCAGUGCUUACCAAAUGUUUCCAUGUUUUCUGCUUUGAGUGUGUGAAGACUCGCUACGACACUCGCCAGCGCAAGUGUCCCAAGUGUAAUGCUGCUUUUGGUGCCAAUGAUUUCCAUCGCAUCUACAUUGGCUGAUCACAGUCAAGAAAGAGGAGCUGGCUAGGCAAGCACUUACUCAUUAACCACCAGGCCUCCACCUCUUCUCUCCUUGACAGUGGGCCAACUCCCUGGCUUCUCAGACUUUGUCCAGGCUCUCCUCUCCGGGAACUAGAGAACAUUAGUGAAAAAGACCUCAAGGCUUAAAGGUUUUAGAAUGAACUAGAAGCUACUGCUGUUUGUCUUCCCUACCAGCUUUGUUUGUGUACUCUUCAGAUUUUUCAGCGUUUUCUUCUUGGGACUCUCCUAUUAACUUGGAUUGCCCAUUCUUCCUGAAGAAGUCAGGCUGAUAGUUUGACAUUGAGGAGGGGAUACAGUACAGGUAGUGUGAACAUGCUAUUAUGGAGGAGAGAGCUUUUAGAAAUAAGCUUUCUAUGGGCCCAGACUUCUUGAUUUGUGUAGUAAGCCUUUUCUUACCCUAACUUAGGUUAUAAAAUGGUAUAAUUGUGAUAAUCUCUCCUGGAAGGUUUCGAAGCCUUAAUGAAAUUAUAUCCAGGAUAAUUCAAUCCAUUUCCCACUUCUACCAAAGUGACUUUUAGGGUCACAUGGAUUUCUCACUAAAGUUAUUUAUGUUUUAACUAUUUAGAUAGUUAAUAGCUUUUUUUAAUUUCUUAAGGCCAGAAUAAUUUCAAACUGAUAGCCCCUACGUUUUUUACUGAAAUCAGAAUCAGAAUCUAAGAAGCAUCUGAAAUGAGAUUAUGAAGAGAUCUGGGUAGUCUGGGAAUGUGACCCAGGGAGGUGUUGGUGAGCUAUGAAUUACUCUCAUCCUUCUCUCAAGAGGGAUUGCACCAUCCCUGUUUUCCAGAAGAUUCUCAGUAAUGUUUCUAUAGGAUUUUAAUAUAUUCCACAUACUACAAUUAAAGCAGGACUCAGUUUGUUUUUGUGUUUGUGUGGGUUUUUUUUGUUUUUUUUUAUUUGUUACGAAUAGUUGAUUUUAUUAUACCUGCUGUUCCAAAUCGGAAUUUUUUUAAGAUAAGGUCUCUUGCUAUGUAACCUAGACUGGCCUAGAAUCGCAGCCAUUCCCUUUCCUCAGCCUUGCUGGAGCUAAGAUUAGGGAUAUGUACCACCAUGCCCCAGUGAAAUGGAUUCUUUUGAAUAGAACUAAUAAAAUUAAGGGACUGGCUGUGUUCCCAGUAUUUAUCUUUUUGAUUAAUUGAGUUAGUUUUCUCUCUUCCCAGUUGUUUGGAAUCCUACUGACUACCUAAAAGGGAGCAUGUUGCUUUGUCUUCAGCACCUCGGCUGUGUUCUAAUCUACGGCUAUUUCAGCCAGCAAUUAUGACUCCACAGUUUUCUGUGGCAAGGGUGCUCAGGGCACAGUCUGGUGGGAAUUCCGUUCCCAUGGACACCUGCUCUGUCACUGCCACUAAAGAUUUAGCUUUAGCUAAAUCUCUCUUAUUCUAAAUAUAAGUAUGACUUGAGAUUAAAAGUCUGGGGUGAAAAUCUGCUAGCUCAGAGGGGCUGAGUAGCACCUAUCUUAACUCUCCUUAUUGGCUUCUCCCAAGAGGGCCCAUCGUUCCAGUCAGCAAAACACAAAAGACACGCCACUCAAACCCUCCCACUACUUCAGAGCAUCUCUCCGUCUCUCCCACAUGCCCUCUGAGACUCUGUGAUUACUUUCUGUCAGCUAGUUGUUCACUCAGCCUCCUGACCCAAGGUUUAUUUUAUGUAAUUAGUGCAAAUGCUAAUUCGGGGUGCAUGGUGUGAUCAAAUGUCCCCCCACAGGAGAGACUACAUAGGUUUCCUCCAUCUCACUGGAGGUAAGACGUAAUUUCCUCCUAGUGGGCUUUGGGGUAUGACUUUGAGUUUUUUAGAAACUAGCAAAGCAGAAGUUUUCUCUGCCUGAUAAAGGGGUUAUAUAAAGUGGAUCCUUUUUGAUCAAUACAUUUCUAGAUAAUGGUCAAGGGCAUGUUCUCUGUCUGUCCUCAGCAGCUGUCGUCAUUAGGUCUUCAUGAAUCCCACCUUUAUGUGAUAGGGAGUAUAUGAACAACGGGAGGUCAGGAUGAUGACAGGGAAAUCCACAGAGACAGCCAGUGAGCUCCUGGGACCUCACGGGCUCCAGAUAGACAGCUCGGGAGCCUGCAAGUGGGUGACAGUUGUGUGACUUGGUCUGCUUGUAGGGCCCCUGGCAAUGGGACCAGAAUCUAUCCCUGGUGCUUAAGCCUGCUUUUUGGAGCCCAUUCCCUGCAGUGAGAUGUUAUGCUCAGCCUUGAUGCAGGGGUUGGGGGGAGGGGCUUGUUCUGCCCCAACUGAUUGCUGAUUGCACCAGGCUUUGUUGAUUCCCCAUGGGAGGCCUUACCCCAUUGGGAGGAGUGGCUGCGGGGUGGGCUGGGGGUUUAGAAGGAGGGUAGGGAGGGGGAACUUUGGUUGGUAUGUAAAAUGAAUAAAAAAUUCAAAAUAAAAAAAAUGACUCAUGUAAGUAGGAACCAAAGAAACUGUUGGUUUCUGUGUGUUGAAUUGGAUUUACACAGUGAAGAAAUCCUUGGUGUGGAAAAAAAAUAUUUAGAUCUUAAAUGUUUGGAAUACUAAUUGUCCCAUGAUAAAUAAAGCUUAGCUUUACCUUCCAAGGAUUUCUGUUCAGCUUUGGUCCCUUCCUGACAUUAGCUGUUAAGGUCUUAUAGCCUGUUUCCCAUUUAUUAUUGAGAUUGGGAUUUAGAAAGGGCAGUGUCUUAACACCUUAAUCCCCAACAUGUAGCAGAGGCACAAGGUGCUCAGUAAAGUUGUCUGAACGAUUCAGCUCUCUUGCUUUUCUGCCAGCUGUCCAGAAGUCUCUUAUUGUACAUGGGUGUGAAUUGAAGCCUUAUUUUCUCUCACUUUCAAAGUGCUUUUCUUUAUAUAUUGGAAUAAACUCUUUAAAUUUUGA